ACGCGACUGUGUUUCAUUUGUGUGUGUGUGUGUGUGUGUGUGUGUGUGUGUGUGAGAGAGAGAGAGAGAGAGAGAGAGAGAGAGAGAGAGAGAGAGAGAGAUGUUCGACCUGAAUGAGCUUCCGUGCGAAAAUUCGGGGGAGAAAGAUGGACCCCUGGACGAUGUUGGGAUUGUUGUUAGUGCGGAAGCAAUCGGGACCGAUGAGCUUGCAGGAGUUAAACCCGUCGCAGGGGUUAAAGCUUUUCCCAAGGGCGAUGGGGUUGACGGAACAGAGGGUGGAGGAGGAGGAGGAGGAGGUGGAGGGGGAAGACGACGAGGAGGGCGAGAGAUGAAACCGAAGAGUGUAUCCGAAGAGCUAGAAGAAGAAGAACGUCAGCGCAAUGAUAGCCCGACUAUCGCGACCCCGACGAUCGAAGAGAACAGGAAGCGAGAUUCGUGGUUUAAUGGGCCUGCGGCUUUGACACCCGUUACUCCACUGAGGCCUCUGGCACCCUUGCCUCCUGCUCCUCCUCCUCUGGCAUCUCUUGCCUCUGCCGCUUUGGGCUUUCCACCCAAGAAAGCCUUUCGCAGCAGCGCGUUUCAACCCAUCGCUCCCGGUGCUUAUAAAGGCGUCAAUUCCGCGCCCUCCCCGUCACCCUCUUCCUCCCUUCAUCGCCUUGCUUUCAACGACCGCGAACAUCAGGUCCAGCAUCGGUUAUGCUCCCAAGUAGAGCUUCUGUUGCCUUCAUCUGUAUCCACGAGGCUCGAGAUUGCCGGUAUUCCGGCGAAGAAAGACGAUGUCUCUCUUCCGACUCCCUCCUUUUCUUCUUCCUCCGCUCUCCUGGCCGUCGAUUCCACCCCAUCCGAUUUCGUCAAUCUGGUUUCCUCCCAAGAAAUGGGCCUGUCGGGGGCCACAAUCAAGACGAUCGAGAGGGGUGCGAGACGCAACAAGCCGGAGGCUGUCGGCGGCCCAUCGUCAUCGAUGAUGGUCGUCGUCAUAGAUACUGACGACGAUAAGGGGGACGAGGUGGAUGAGGUGGAUGAGACUGAGCAGCUGCUGACUGGUCCCCAUUAUGGAGAUCGUGAAGGAGUGGUUUCUCCUCUCCCAGCCACUCCCAUUUUCGUGCCAUUUUGCACAGCCGACGAUCCUCUUGUCUCGCCGACGGCUGCUGCUGUGAUUGUGACUCCAAGCCAAGCAGCGCCUGACUCAAGGGGUUCGACAAAGGAGGACGACGAUAAGGAGAAGGGCAUAGGACGAAGAGCAAGAAAUGCGGACGUCAUCGCCGCCGCCGCCGCCGCCGCCGUAUGUGACGAUGGGACGGAAAAGAUCAUGCCGAUCGAGAAAAAUUCCCAGAUAUCUACGAUGAUUACAACAGGGAGGAAGCAUACUUUCUUGGAUUUGAUGAAUGUGGUGGAUCAGGUCGAUGAGAAGAAGAAGACUUCGGCAAUGGUCGUUGCCUCGCUAAUUACCGAUGGGAUGCCUUCCUUUGUCUCUCUUCCUCUCCCUCCGCAGCGAUCCUCCCUUGGCGGGCAGGCACCAGAAGAAGAGGAGGGGGUGCUCCUGAUGGAGCAGCAGGAUCACAAGGGGCUCCUGCGUUCGUCGAAGGACGAUGUCGCCUGCGGAAGUGGAGAGGGGAGCGGAGGAGAGAUGGCCGGAAGGGUUGUGGAAGUCGAGAAAAAGGUCAUCUCCCCUACGUUAGGGUCAACGCCGGUUGCGUUGGGAACAUCGGCAGCGGCGACCUCGCCGCCGGGGGAAAAGCGCCAGCGCGAGCCGGCAGGAAUCGCCAAGAUUAGCAUGUCAGAGAAGCUGCAAUCCGACGCCGCCGGUGCUGCCGGUGAUUUGACCGAAGAGCGGGUAGUAGAGCCCGUCGACGGUUCGAAGACAGUGGCGACCGCGGCGGCGGCGGCGGGGGCAAAGGUACGCAGGGAGAACGGGUCUCUCCUGCAUGAAAGACGGAGAUUGCCGGAAAUGAAGGUGCAAGUGAAAACAACAGGAGCGAGCGGUGUCUCGAAACAGCAGCAGCAGCAGCCGAAGGCGGCAGAAGCAGACAGUGGCGACAGGCAGCCACCGACAGAAGAGAGUGGAGCCGAAGUGGGUGAAGGUGUCGAGGAGGUGGACCCUAGUAGUAGUCGGCCUUCCCGAGUGGCGACUCCUACUCCCGAGGAGGGAGUUUGGAGUAAGGUGGCAAAGUGCAACGGUCGUCUCUCCCCUCCUGUUCUUCUUCUCCCUCGUCAAUCACAAAACGAGGAAGCGGGGGAGGGAGGAAAGGGAAAGCCGAGCAAAGGAAAAGGAGACGUAUUCAAAGAAGAAGAAGGGGAAACGCCAAGAGGGGACGCGCAAAAGCGAAAUAAGCACAGUUCCCCCAAAGUUGGUGAACAACAUUUGCGGACGGAGGCGGCACGUGUUGUUGCCGACGAGAGCCGGCGGAGCAAAACUGGCGGCGGCGGUGGGGGCGGGGGCGGCUCAUCGGGCCACAAGGAGAGGUUAAACUCGUCGGGAAGGAUGGAUAAUCCCCACUGGGGGGAGUCUAGACAGGGGGGCCAGGGAGAAUCAAGCGGAAAGCCUGGGGAGGAGAAGGUGGAGACGAGAGGUAAGACUGGCGGGAAGUCCGCAGCCGAUACGAAACAGCAGGCUGUGUGUUCGGGCAUUAGUAAUAUCGAACAAAAGAGCGAGAAAGCGGCGAGCGCACGUGAGAGAGCGGAGGAGGUCGAGGGUGGAGAGAUUCGUAUCCGACAGCGCCGGAAAAGGCGACAGCAGGAGGAUGAAAGGGAGGAUGCAGCGAUGGUGGAGGAGAAAUUUGCCGGGAUGGUGGCGGGAGAGGAAGAGGAAGCCGAGGAGGAGGAAGAGAUGGAGGAUGAGGUCGCCGGUGUUGCGACGCGGUGCACGGGAGCAGUAGCAGCAGCAGGAGGAGGAGGAGCAGGAGGAGGAGGAGAGAUUAACGCUAGUAAUAGAGCGGUAUUGAGGUCAGCGAAAAAGCUUUCCGUCAAAGUUGUGGAGUCGGAAGGAGGGAUAUCUGGUAGUGCAGAGAUCAUUGUGAAGAGACCGAAGGAAAGAUCCGCCAUUCUUAGCAGUAUCGGCGCUAGCAAGCAUGUGCAGGCGAAGUCCACAGCCCCCUUACAGCCAGAGAGCCACUACCAUCGGAAGAGGGAGGAGCGCACCCCUACUCCUCGGGGAGAGAUGGGAGUGGCAAGCGGAGAGGAAAACGUUGUGGGGGGAGGCAAGAGCACGAAGCCUGGUGACAAACGGGCAGCAGAAGACGAGGAUGAAGAAAUGGCGUUAGGGAGAAGGGUAGUUGUUCUUUCGUCCGAGCGGCGAUGGGAGGAUCUCCGUGCAGGGUCUAGAAGGGAGGAAGGGGGGGGGAGGGUAGUGACUGGCCGUCUGCAUGAAUCCUCUUCUUGCAGGAAUGCGGGAGGAGGGAGCGGCGGGAAUGGUGCAAGCUCACAAGAAGAUCGUCUGUUGCGCAGAUCGACUAGCCUGAAGGAAGGGGGGAGAAGAGAGGGUACGGCCUCGUCUUUGGUGUCCGUGAGAGAGAGUGGGAGAGGGGAGGGGGCCGCCAGGGAGUACGUGAGGAGGGAGGAGAAGAGAGCGGACUGGAGGAUUUGCAGCAGCAGGUCGGAAGAGGAGAGAUUCGAGAUGCAGAGGAAGGAGGAGAGAAUGGAGUGGGGUAGGCAGAUCGCCGGGAUCCCAGCUGGGGCUGAGCGAAGCGACCUUCCGUCUGGAAGGUAUGGUGGUAGUAACCUGGGCGGAGUCCGAGUUGAAAGUGGAAGGAUGGGAAUGGACGAUGGCCCGAGGGGAAGGAGGGGGGAAGGAGGCGGUGGCAGCGGUAGCGGGAGCGGGCUGGGACCCCGACCUCAGGUGUGUGGUCGCAACACGGGGAGAAGAGACACCGGCGGGGGAAGGUUCAUCGAUAGCAGUGGAGGGAGGAGGGAGUACCCCAGUGCAAAUGGGUCGGCACCCGGAGAUGGCUUGAGCCCUCGGCCUUACCGUAAUAAUAAGGUGGCGGAGAGAACAGAGUGGAAAGGAGGAGAAGAACGAGAAGAGGGGGGAAGCGGAUCGGGACUGAGCAAUAGGAGUGGCGGCAGGGAGGAGGAGAGGAGGUACUGGCAAACAGGUCCUUCUCCAAGGGGUGGGAUGAACGAGUACGGGAAGAGGGCGAGAGAGGUGGAUGGAGCAGGAGGGGGGGAUAGAGGAAGGGCAGUAGGGAAGCUGUCCCGUUUAUCGGCCAGUCGAUGUGCUGUUCGCGGCACGGGGAGGGAGGGGGAUGUGGUGGUGGAGAGAGGAGAGUACGUGGAGGAGGUAUGGCUUAGACGAACGCACCGAGUGGCGUACAAGGGGGUAGAGAACGAAAAGGGGGUGGGGGUAGGGGAUUGGGGGGGGGCGGGGGGAGGGGGAGGAGGAUGUGUCACUCCCGCACCUAUGAGAGGAGGGGGAGAUGCGCAUCAGAGGGGAGGCGGGGGGAGAAGACUUGAGGCCACCACUGCGGAACGCAGCAGGUGGCCGUAUAGAAGUGGCACGGGGAGUCGAGGUGGUGUGUUCGCGGGUAAUGGGUCGCAGGACCCGGGGGUGGAGGAGGAAGGUAUGGAUGAUGACGAAGGCCAUGAAGACGACUGGGUGAGCGGCAGCGAAGAGGAUGGCGGCCCGCACGGGUGGGAGCGACGUCGUAAUCGGGAGCGGGAUCGGGAUCGGGAUCGAGAUCGCCAGUUGUCGUUAGCCUUUCAGAGAGCAGCUGUAGGAGCAGGUGUCGCUGCGCCCCCGGCUUCCUCUUCGGACCCUAUGGAUCCGCUUGAUUGCGUCGAAGGAAGAGGAGGAGGAGGAGGAGGAGGAGGGAUUCCCGCACCGUCCAGCCGCCAGGAAGCAAGAGGGUGGGCGACGGACAACUUGCGGUCCGGCAAGCUGACCUGGUACGAUGGAUGCGCCGGUGGCGGAGAGGGGGAGGUCGUAGAAAGCGGUGUUGGCAGAAAAACGCCGGGGGGGAGGGCUACGGGGAGCAGUGCGCGGGGAGAGAUUGGCAAGGAAGUGGAGGAUGAUCGAAGUUCUCCCCCGUUGCGGGAGCAGGUCGGGAGCGGGACCACCACCAGGGUCGUUCGGAGGAUCAUUCAGCUCCCGCCAGCGACGGGAAGCUCUUGUAGGGGUACUGCGGGAGGGUCGGCGGAGGGCCAGGGAACGCCGUUGGCAAAGCGUAGCGAAGAGGCAGAGAGUACGGGCAAAACCGAAGAGAGGUGGGGGGAGGGAGGGGGAGAGAGAAACGUUCGCCUUGAAGACUACAAUGACGAAUGUCCAAGUCAGCACGACGAGCAGCACGUGUCCACGCCGCCGCUCGCCCUGCGGCAUCAGCAGCAGCCACAAGCUGGUCGCAAAAAGUCGAGGAUGGAGGAAGAAGAAGAGAGAGUAUCUUCGUUUGGAGGUGGGGAUGAAAUCACAUGCAGCACGGAAGAACCUUUCUGGCAGGGUCGGCUGGUCAGCGAGGGCUUGGUGGUGGCAGAGGUGAUGGCCUGUUUGGUGAGCUCUGGGGUGUCUGCAACAGACGUGUCGCCGGCUGCGCAGCAGGCUGAAUCUCUGCGAUUUAGAGAGGGGGUCGAGGGGGAGAGGGAGGGGGAGGAGGUGGUGGAGGAGGGAGAGGGGGGAGGGGAGGGGGAGGAGAAGCGUCACAUAAUGGAUGAUGCAGGACGAAAGGAGCGAAAGGCAGCAUCCUUUGGUGGUUGUCGGGGCGCCUCGCCGUCGCAACGGGGGGUUUCUUGGGAAUUCCCCACGAUCUUGGACCUAAAGAAGGACAAGCAAUUUGGACACUUUCCUAUCGGCAUUCUGGCUGCUGCUGCUGCUGCUGCUGCUGCGGCUACUGCUGCUACUGCUGCAGACUUGGAGCCUCGUUCCAUCACUCACCAUAUGGCAUAUGCAGGGAAAAGAGAGAAAUACAUUAUGGCGGUGUAUCUUUCCAUGUUUUCUAGCAGAAAAAAUAUUUUGGGUGAGCUCGUUGAGCGCCUCUGGGAUGAUCCAUGCGUCUUUUCCGCUAGCCUGUCAUUGAAGGGCUUGAAAUCUAAUGUAAAAGCGCUUGCUGAUGGGGAUGACCACGGUCCGCAGCCCACGCCAGGAGGAGUAAGACACCCAGGUCAAGCGGAAGGAGCAACCCUAUACCUUGUGCCUUACGAAAUACUUAAGCAGAUCUCUUGGAUGGGAGGAGGGUUGCUCACUGAAGUCCCUAUGGAGCUCACAUCCAUAGCAGGGGGGCUAUCCCCAGAUCGCCUCAGUCUGUUUGGCUUUGUGUGUGUUCCUAGAGAGAGUGAAGAGUCCAGCAAUGAGCCUGGGAGUCGACAGCAACAUCUGUCUUGGGAGGCAGGGACCGCCAUCACCAACAUUCAGUUGAACGGCCAGCCAAAUAUUGCAGAUAAUGGGAGUCCUGUUGAUGAACCAAUCCUUGCCGAUGAUCCCUUGUGCAAAGGUGUUAGCUGUGUAGACUUAUCGGAUUCUAUGGCCCAAACCAACAGCGCCGACCCUGAUAGAGUCCAGAGCAAGAAAGUGAUUCUGGAUGAGAGGGGGAUUGAUGCAGUGAGAAACGGGGACAUCAAUGGUGGUGGCAGUGAUGUAGCAAAACAGAGUGGGUUGUUGCACGAAGCAACUGCAUUGGAAGCAUCGGACAGGUUGUCGCAGGGAGAAGGAAAGCUGGGAGAAUUGGCUGAUGCUGCAUGCAUGGAGUGGAGUUCUUGUGGACGUGAGUCAAGUGGAGCACUUGCUGCAGUGCUGUUCGUUGCAAAGCUAAGACGAGCAGUAUCACGGAGGGGUAGGAGAGCCGGCGGGAAUGCGACAGGAGCAGCUGGUAAGAGAGCUUUCCGUGCUGUUACUGUUGCGAUCCAGUUUGUCUUACGGCUGAGACGGGCUGCAAUGAAAACAAUGGCCACCGAUAGUGAGCUGACGAGCUCACACGGGUUGUGUUCUUCAAGCCAGGACCGUGAAACGCACAAAGUCGUUGAUGGGAAGCAAAGCAUUGUUGUGAUGGAGGAACACGAUCAAGCUUCUCUGAGGAGCAAUCUCGAACGGGCCUUGAUAGUUUAUCCAGGAAAGCCAUCUGGCGAUGAAGAUAAGCUAUCCUCCGCCGCUGCUGGGGCAGACCAAUUGCUGGUGGCAAAGGCCGCAGAGAGCAUGCCAACUGUAAAACAACAAAGCUCUGCUUCUUGGCCUGGCACGGAAUCGACCGAAGAAGACAAAACGUGGGAUGAACUGGAUGUCAAACCGCAGAGGAAGAGGAAGAGAGAAGCGGAAGAUGGAAGGGUCAAUCCGGAAGUCACUGGGCCUGAUGCCGAAGAAGAAAUGGAAGAGGGUGAAUUGCGGAUGGAUGAGAACACGCUUGAGAAGAAGCGGAGACUGGGAGAAAUGACAGGGAGGGAGCGGCUUUUUGUCCGAGGAAAUGACAGAGGCAUGGGUGUUUCCGUCAGUAAACCUGAGUUGGCGGAACAGGGAAUUGAGGACCAGCAGACCAUGGGAUUGAAUGCUGCAUCGGUUGAAGACGCAAAAACCGUGCAGUCUGCUUACAUGGCUGAAGAGUGCAGCAGAUCUGUUGAGAUGGGUGGCGAGUGUUGGGAUCGUCCACAGGAUGGCGCCGCUCUGGAAGAGCACUUGCACGAGGUCAUAUGCCACAACGAUGGCGUAGAUGCGUUGCCUCCUUCGGUGCAUGAGCAAAUUCAGAAGACCGAUCCAUGUGAGGUGUGUCUGAUGGACAAAGCUGAACAGAACCCAGUGCUGUGUGCAGAUGGAGAGCUGGAUAUCAAGGAUGGGAAUACCAAUGGGGGGCUGAAGAGGAAAAGAGGGGAGGGCGAGUCGAUGGCGGAAAAUGGAGAGGCAGGAAAAUUGUUUGCCACAAAAUUUGGCUCGGAACAGUUUCCUGACAGUGGGGGACAAGAGGAUGCCAGAGUUCCCACGGACCACGGUUGGGAGAACGAGGAUAAGGAGGUGGUUGAGGAAGUUUCUCUGCUGGACUGUGAUGCAUCAAAGAGGGACUGGCUCUGCUCAAAGCACAACCUGGACUACUUGUUUGAGGAGUUUGGGGUGAACAUUACGGUACAGCGCAGAGGCGAUUCAGGAUGCAGCCAGAGUGGGUCUUUUUCAUGUCCAGAUAAUGUGUAUUUGAGGAUAUCGAUAAAGAAGCCAGCGUGGAGCGACACCUCGGAGGCAGAAGAUCUAGUGAAGAAAGCAGUGGAGAGAGUUCGGGUGCUCAAGGUACGAGGGCCUUUGCAGUCAUACGUCUGGUACAAAGGCACAAUGCCUAGAGUGGACGACCCUGUUUGCGAGCCAAGAUUGGCAGUUCUGACACUGAUGAAUUUGAUAAGGGGUGACGAUGGGAGGAACCUGGAACGCAUUGAGAGGCAGACAGGCGCAGCAGUUGAGUUUGUGGUUAAGAGUAAAGGCGGAGACAUCCGGACGGUAGAUGAUGCGGAAUGUACCAUCCUCAAAGGGUUGGAAGUGUGGAAUGUAGGGGUUAGAGUGCGAUACCCAGGAAGAGGGGGGCUUGGAAAGGCAGAGCAUGAAGCAGAAGGCUUGCUGGACAGCAUUGGAGAAAUCUUGGCCCGGAACAGAGGUGUUGCUGCAGUUGCUUCCAAUCAAAGUGGGGUGAGUGUGGUUGGAAAUGGUUUGGGCCCUUUCACUGCUCAUGUCGGAGGGACCAUUCUGGCCCCAAUGAAGAUUGCCAUGAAAUCAGACACUCGAAAUGGGGCUGGGCCCGAGUCCGGUAUCAGCUUUGAGCAAAUCAAGCUCAAGGAUCGAGUUGCAGAACCUGGGGGAGGGAUCGCAUUCAGCAAAGUCGCAACUGAGGAGUCAGGCGGCGUAUAUAUGACAACGGUGUUUGGCGGGAGCUCCAUUGGAGGGAGAUUUGGAAAGCGUAGCAGGUCCAUGGAGACAGAGGAAACAAAUGAGCGUGAUGGAGCAAAAGAAAUCAGUGAUGAGUCUCCAAAAGCGACAGUGUCGGACCCUAGUGAUUUGCACCCUGAGGAUGGGAAAAGAAAGGGAAUGGAUAACAGAAAUCUGGCUGAAGCUUGUGCAGAUUCUGAUGACGCUGGUCCCUUUCAGAUUGUGGAGGCACUGCAGUGUGGUGGCAAGAUGGAGGGUGAGACAGGAACGGUGAUGGAAGAACUGGGGAUCGAGGACAAAGGAAAUGAUAAGGUCAUCACAGUGAAUAUGAUCAAUCUGAACCGGGGACCAGCAGGCCCAGCUCGCUCAUGGCUGGACCCUGAGAUUUCCCCAGGAGGAGGAGCAGGAGGAGGAGGAGGGCAAUUCGAAUCCUCCAGAGGCAUCUCAUGCAAGAGCCGAGGAAGCGCCGGGAAUGCCUUAGUGCAAACAGACGGUGCAUGGAAUACAAGGCAAGAUGAGGGGAGGGGAGAGAGAACCCAUGCAUCACUGAAGCGGAGUGGAGGGAACGAAGACAUGAUGGAAGGGAUGGAGACAACAAGCUACUUUCAGGAGGAGGUGGCACAAGUUAAGCGGCAUGGGAGUAAGGGCAUCGAUCAACGUUAUGAGGGUAGUGAGGCCCCUGGUAAAUCUGUCCUCUCGGGAGGAGAGUCGAGCGGAGGAGGUAGAGGAAUGGAGAAGGCAGAUAGUGGUGGCAACAGACAAUGGACUCAAAGUGGUGAAGCAAAGUGUCAUAGCAGUGGAGCAAAAUCCAUUGAAGUUGCGAAGGCAAGGGAGGGUGCUGGUGCAGGUCCUUCCAAGGGACUGAUGGAUGGCAGCAAGACAACGGUGGGCACAUGGCGUUCAACACUGGGCCGUGGUGGAGAUGUGCAUGAGGUGGAUGCUCCCCACUCAAGGGACCCAAAAGGUAGCGCACGUUCAGGAGAAGGUGUACGGCAAGGCUGUGGCGCGUUUGGAGCACAAGGAGGGCCUGUAAGCAGACCCAUGAGAGAUAAAGAGACAUGGAGAUCGACACUUUAUGUUGUCAGCCUUCCACGGGAUGCAAAUACACACAUGCUGAAAAGAAUGUUCAAGCAAAUCCUUUGGGAGAAUCGGGAUAUGGUUCCAAGCUUGCGAGAGGUUUGGAGCCGGGGGGGGGAGUAUGUGACCGAUGUGCGUUGCCUGUUAUCAAAAGGUUGUGCUUUUGUUGAGCUUGCGGGUCCAGAGCUGGUCGAGGAAACAUUGCGUCUUUUUGCAGAACGACCCCUUGUUUUCUGCGGGAUGCAUUGUGAGUUGAGCAAGAGCACGAGAGACAGGCACCCAAGAGAAGCGAGGUUUGUACAAAAUGGGGAUGCGCUGUCAAACGUUAAUGAGCACCUGCAUGGCAUGCCGUCUGUGGACGAUGGCCGUGGGAUGAGAGUAAGGUCUCCCGUGGCCGGAAUACGUCGAAGGGGUCCAAUGGGUGAUCGCCGAGACGGUCCCGCAGCAGCAGAUGCCAUCUGUAUGACAGAAGAGGAUAUAGGACCCAAGCAGAGUUGCAGGGGAAUGGACGUCCAGGAUGACAGUUCCUAUGGCCCGUACUAUACUGGACCGCAGGAUGUGAAUGGCCCGCCCCACAUGCGGAAUCCCCGGUUCUGUCACUCCUUGCAAGAGCCUGUUGGUUGGAGCAGAGAGAGUGAGAGAGAAAGGGAGAGGAAUCCGGACUUUGUAGAGCAAGAUGCACGUGCUUCUAGGAGGUUGGGGGUGCCCCCACAUGAUGAGCCGAGGAGGUGGUACGGUGAUGGAGAGUAUGACGAUGUUCCUAGGUCCGUAUACGUAAAGAACCUACAGGAACAUGCAUCUGGCUUUACCGUGAGGAGCCUCUUUGAAAGAGUGUUGAAGGAGCAUGCCGAUCCCCGCAUGCUGAGUGAUGUCCGAAAUCCUAUCUUGCAGGUCAGAAUCAUAUCCCAAUAUUGUAGGUACGCCUUUGUGGAAAUGGCAACCACAGAACUAGUGAACUUCAUCCUGGACCUUUACACUAACAAGCCAGCUCUGUUCCAAGGAAUGCAGUGUGAACUUGCGCGUACUGUGUACCGCGGGCGCGUUCAUUCCUCAGCAGAACCGUCAGGCGAUCAUGCGAUUGAACGUGUGGAUGCCAAUGAAGAAGAAAUGGCAGGGGAAUGGUGUCGAGGGGGCAGUGGACGAGAUGGCAGAGGGGAAAGUGCAGGCCCUGAAUCCGCAGCUCAUUGGCAGCGAAUGUUGGACACCAAACGUUCCCUUUUCAUCGACAAACUCCCCAAAAAUGCUUCAGAACCUUUCAUACAGAGUAAUUUUGAAAAGUUCCUGCGGAUGAAUAUUGCGAGUUUGUCCCGCAGCGGAGUCGGCGGUUGCAACCCGUAUCUGUGCAUGGUCCGUGUGCGAAGGAUCAAUGCAAAGCAUUAUGCUCUGGUAGAGUUUGCAUCGCGUGAAGUCGCUGAGUUCAUCCUGGACACUUACGAACGGGACCCAUACACAUUUGAGGGAAUGCGCUGCAAAGCGCACUACGACUGGAAGAACCAAUAACAGUCAGUUGCUUGAUUCUUGCCAAAGUUGAGGUAGCAGUAGCGACAGUGGUGCACUGCUCGAUCACUCCGAUGCAGAGAGUGCUUGCACAGGUGCCAUCACAGUCAAGUGCGGACUUCGCGUAGCUGGAGUUGCGCUCAUUCAUGAGCCCAAAAAGUCGCUUCGCGACCCAUUGUCUGGUUCUCAUUUUCCCUCCCUUCAACUGGAAGCUGGUCAUCGUCCAUCUAUCCCCCCACGGCAACACAUAGGUGGUUUCUCUCUGCAGCCCAGCAAGCAGAGAGGGACCAUGUUGCAGCGGUGGUAUGUUCCCAGACUGUGGGCAGCCCUGCGUAUGGUGUUGUCAAAGGGCCUUAUAUAUUCCUGACAGUCGCAGUGCAAGAGCGAUGAAUUUUCAAGACGUAGUCGCUUCUGGCGCCCACUGCAUCUGGAUGUGACUCGUGGAGUACGGCCUUUCUGGUUCACCCAAUGCACUGCAGAAUGGCUACUCUGGGGGGCUUUGGAUGUAUGUUCUAUCUGUGGCUUUUACUUUGGGGUGUGCAUGUGGCUCCAUUGAGCUGCUGCACCAUAUUACAUGCCAUUUUUGAGUUACCCAAGUGCCACUAUCCACAGAGUUCAUGCUGUUGCUAUGGCUGCUGUCGAUUUCCACACUGGUAGCUGUGGUGUUUGGUUUCCCGAAGCGUGUAGGCCUGGUGUCUAGGCCUGAAGGCGCUGGUUGGGUAGAGCAAUGGAAUCUGCUGCGGAGGAUUGAAACCUGGUUCUAUCCUGUGGCAAGUCAUUUAGAAUGUGCUCAUGUGCAGGUAAGAGACGUGGUCGAGCAAGAGGCCGUCGAUCGUGAUGGUGUCAGCUCCAUGAAAGGACCAGCUGAGCCAGGAGUGAUAUUCUUGAAUGUACUGAUUGACUUGUUGCACAGCCUGAAGGCAAAUUCAGUCAGUGGGUUUCUUGAAGCUUUUGCUGCACGCGUGUUCUUACAGAACAGGUGGUUGUCAAUAAGGGAAUCUCACGUGCAGCGCCAGCCUGGCGGUGGCAGGUUGAGGAGGAGCCAAGGACCAGGCGAAGGGAGCAAGGCUGCUUCAGCUGGAGCCUCUUCGGUUGGAAGAUCUUGCAGAUAUUAUAGCACCGUUCAUUGUCGAAGGAAGGCCGUAAAGAAAAAAAAAAAAACGAGAAAUUGGCAUGUGACCAAGUUCUGUCCCAAGUAAUGAUGGUGCUCACAGUCCUCGGCUGAAGCACAGUCAAGUAGAGUUCUGAGGAGAAUCUGGUGACAACAAUACUCAUUCUACGUUCAUCAGCACGGCAGAAGUGGAGUAGAGGAGGGGAGAUUGUAGUACUUCCUGCCGUGGCAUCAGAGCUGUAGAACAUUCAUAUUCAGAGCUAGCCUCGCCUCCCAUGUGAAGCCAUUGUACGUAGGUGCAAACCCCUAGGGACUUCGGGUGAAACAUCGCCUUCUCCUUCCUCGUUCUCGUGCUGCCGAUGGUUCGGGUCUGCUGUUGCUCGCGUGGUGUCAGCAUAGGCCAAGUCGCCAGCUAAAUCCACAACCUGUCGUAAGCUCUCAUGCGCAGCACAGGGAAAGGGAAACAAUUCAUGAAACAAUCGUCAAACCACCGGAGUACUUGGACCAUGCAUCGGCCGCAGGCCCGUCACAUUAACGCGCUGCGACUUUAGGGGCUGGUAGCCGAUGUAUGGGCCAAGUACUGGUCGUUGAGUGAUCUGGCCAUGUGGCAUGGCAUUGGAGUUCCCAUCAAGUACGUCCUCGAAUACUGCUCCUGACUGUCUGACUGCGGGAUUAUGAAGAUUCCCGCAAUUAUGCCCUCGCAUACGUCUCUUGACUGCCAGAGUGUGGGAUCGUGAAGGUCGGUGGAAGGUCGGUGGAAACAUGUCAGAGAGCUUAACGAUCUGGCUGUGUGGCAUGGCAUUGGGAUUCCGGCAAGUCUGUCCUCACGUACGGCUCCUGACUGUCAGACUGCAGGAUCAUGAAGGUCAGUGGAAAAUGUCAGUGAACUCAGGAUUGGAUUGAAGGAGCAUGGGUGUGCGCACUUGACUGCAUAUGAGUGAGAGAGAGAGAGAGAGAGAGAGAGAGAGAGAGAGAGAGAGAGAGAGAGAGAGAGAGAGAGAGAGAGAGAGAGAGAGAGAGAGAAGGAAGAAGUUUUGAGAUUGGUGGCCUUCCUGGUUUGCAGUCUAUCUUUGUCCUUGGUGAUUACAACAACAAAGGGGUUUUCCAGCGUGGUAUGGCAGUUGUUGGCUGCUUUGCAAGGAGAUUUGAGCAGGUGGUGCGUCCGCUUUGUAGUGCUAAUCCAUGCCUGCCUCGCAACCGUAUUUGUCAGAAUCCCUGCCGGCCAUUGUUCUUUCCGUUCAUCGACGGGAACACUGAGAAUCUUCAAUGGACGACCGAAGGGAAUGUAAUCCCUCUGUCGGGUGCAUGCAGCUACUGGAGUUCAGGUGAUGUCUGUCUGCUCAUCCAGCUGAUCCCUACAGAUGACGACGUACGGAAGCACUUCAUUUUUGGUAGAACCGGCAAAUGUGGUGGUGGUGUCAAUGGAAUCACCUCCACGCUCUCUUUUCUGUCCCCAUCGCCCCAUUCCCACCCCCAGCUAUUGCAAGUAUUUUUCUGAAACCUUAGCAUGUCCUUCAGCCACCGGCGUUUUCAUGUUCGUUAUAAGCUCUUCUGAGAAUAUCUUCAUCGUCGGGAUUAGGCGGUAGCUCAUCUCGAUGAAGACCAGAUAAUCAAAGGGCUUUUGUGAUUGGAUGGUCAUGUCGACCGCACUAGCUAUUGCUUGUUCAGCGUCUUCACUCUUAUGACUGCCAUAACCUGUCUCCUGUUUGGCACUGGCACAAGCAGUUGAGCCUGAAAAUUGUCUCUCUACAAGCUUGGUUGAAUGAGUUGGGGGUGGAAGGGUAUAUAGAACAGAACAAGAACAGCUUUCAGACAGGGUGCAGCCAGGUAGCAUAUUACUUUCUUAUCGGCAUGCUGACCGAGUGUGUGGCCUGUGUCCAAAACGUGGAUGGCAGUAGAGGUUUGUUCUUAUCGAAGAGGUGUGGUAUAGGGGUUAUAAUUGGUGGCUGAGAACCCUACCAGACAGUUGGCAGAGGGAACAUCAUUUUCAGGGGGAUGAACCUGACCGGUGCUUGCCACAUUGUAUGAUAUAAGCCCAUUCAGCAUCAGUGGAUGAACCAGACAGGUUUGUUCCAACUGAUAACCAAAAAUAGAAUACGUUCACCCAUCAUCUUGUAUGUUCUCAUUUUUUCUUUACUCUCUUCGAAUCAAAAUGCUUAAGAAGU